GGCAACGACAGAGGGGUCAUGUUGUGAUAGCGUACGCAGACGAUCGAGUCGGCAGUAAGUGUUGGCCUGACAACGUAAUAAAUAACGCGACCAAAUUUUCCCUCGCUACGACGAUUGUGUUUCGCUAUGCGAGCGCAGCGCAGUGACAGUGACUCGAGGACUGUACAUGUAAACUUGACAGUCAUCGCUGCUGGAAUUAUAUGAAUCUGAAACCUUGGAGGAUAAUAAUCAUUGCAAGUUUACUCGACUCCCGAGGGUGAAUUUCGUUUUCUUUUUGCAGAAUCCUGAUACAUCAGUUUUGGGAUAUAUCUACCAAAAAUGACGAAGCGUUGUAUAUGCGAGAUCUGCACAUGCGGACGACAUCGUUGUCCUCAUCGACCGAAGGGGCCAGCCAAGGCCAAUGGACCGUGCACCAUCUCAGAGUACUCUAACAAGUACAAAGCAUAUCCCGGCAAUGGAAUGCGGGAUAACUUCAAGCCGAAGGCCCAAAUGUUAAAGAGUGACGUUCCUAUCUCUGAUGCCACCACAAACAGGCUUGACUAUAUCCCAUAUGAAGUAGGCAGACCUGCCAUGCAUGUCCCAGAACAGUUCAAACCCCAGGAGGGUCAUAUAGACCACUUGACCUCAUACACGAAAGACUACCCUGAACGUAAAGCCCAGCCUGCCAAGAGUUUCCGUGGCAACCAAACCAGGGCCGUAUCUCCAGGCGCAUUCAAAGGGACCCCAACAUAUGUUGAUGACUACAGGAGAUGGAGCCUACCUGCAAAGGAGCAACUGAAGGAUCACCAUGCUUAUAUCCCACCCAGUGCAGCUUUUGAUGGUCUCUCAACAUUCACAAGGGACUUUCCUGCUAAGAAGGGCACAAUGAGACAGAGCAUGAGACCAAACGAUGAGGCAAAGGUUUCAGACACUCCUUUUGACGACAAGACAUCACAUCGUAUGACUUAUAUUCCUCAUGCAGCGCAACCCAAGUUUGUUCCUGCCAAGCCCCAGUACAAGAAGAAUCCUAGCAAGUUUGAAGGCUUAACAACGUUCCAGAGGGACUUCAAUGCCAAGCAAGGUUUUGUCCCGGACAGCUGCAAACCAAGCAACACGCCGCUCAGGUCCGAUCAGCCAUUUGACGACAACACUACGUUCAGGCAGUCCUACCAGAAGUGGGAUGUGGAACGUCCGUACCAACAUGUCCAUGAGGCAUGGUCGAAACCAGGUGGCAACAUAGACUUGAAAACCACCCACACCCUGGCAUUCCCUGCGCACAAGGUCCAACCAGCCGUCGCAGUCCGUCCACAAGAAGGUCGCCACGGACAAAACGUCCCCUUUGACGACAGAACCCAGUACAAUCAAGACUUCAAGAAGUGGAAUUCUUCACCAACAAAGAGAGGAGACCCGACCCAGCGCCCGUACGAGAGACCAUCUGUUCCGUUUGAGGGUGCAUCUCAUUACCAGACAAACUACCUGGCCAAACAUGCACAGCCUGCAAGGAGCAUGGCUCCUGACAACCUCGCAAAGCAGAGCUCGGAACCCUUUGACGAUCGUACCAACUACAAGGCCGACUACAUCCCCAAGGCCUUCUCUCCGUGCCCAGCAGUAGAUCUGAAGAAGAGUGGUUUCCAGUAUACUGAAGAGGAUACCAGGGGCCAUCAGGUAUGGGUGAAGAAUCAGAGGAAUGGAUCGAUGCAGAGAAUGCAGAGAACACCACCCGAGCAACUCAACAUUGAUCAGCAAGUGCUGGCAUGAUGCUGAUGCUAAAAGUUCUCACAAAAAGAAAAUAAGUAUGUAAUAUAAUUUAAUCAUAUUUUCAUGUUGCCAAAGCUUGUACAGACCAAAAAAUAUUUCUUUUAAAGAAUUAUUGUAGAAAGAAUGUAUAUUGGAGCAUUGAAAGAAAAAAAGUCUCAUGGCAGUUUAACAAGUUUGAAAGUGCUUCUUUCAAUUAGCUAAGAGCUAGGGAUGAAGUGGGUUGAUAUGACAGAAAUUUUAAUACCAUAAUUGAAAUGUACAAAGUAAACAUAAAUCUACAGACUUACACAUGUAUUAAAUAACAAAGAAUCUGCUUGAUAAUUGUUUGCCAUCGAUCAAUUGCACAUCAGUUGUAUGCUGAAUGAUACAAGUAGUUAUUUAUUCUUUUAACAAUAGUUCAGGUAUGAAAAUACAGUGGGGUCAACUUUAUAGACUUUCUAUUAAACAAAAGUUCAAGUAUGAAAAUAGGUAACUUUAUAGAACCUGAAAUGGUAGCUAGAUAAACUUAGGUGAAAGAAACCCGGAUGAAACAAAAUUUGACACCAAUAUAUUCUUCAUACGGCAAAGUCAAUAGAUAAUCGGCUAUUUGUAGCCAUGGCAACAUAGAAUCAAUAGCAGGCAGUCAAUGUUUGAUUGCACCUGUUGAUUAUGAUUGAACAUCGAUUACCAAACAGUGACAAUUACUGCGAGAUAACACUUUUGUGAUUUGCAAUGAAAGAGAUAUUAAUGAUUAUGAAGUAUGUGACGUCUCUAGGCAUAGUGAUUUGUUUGGCUUGUAACCAAGAGAGGUGUAUUGAAUGGGAUGGAAAUAGCUAGGAUCAAAGCCAUGCUUCAAUGGGGCAAUCGCAAAUAAUAUCUGUCGGCAGAUAGCUCUGGGCAUUGUUUUGUCCUCCAUGUUUUUAUUUUGUUCUGAUGAAUGGGUGAUAUUUUUAAAGACUAUUUCUACUUGAUUAAAUAAAUACAGUAAUUUUAACAUGAAAAUAUUAGGUACUAUGAAGUCACUUUACACAUCUUCAAUUAUUACUCAACUUUAAGACUUCCCUUAACUGGAUGUAGUGACAAAUGUUUUUAUAAUAUCAUGUAUGAUCAGCUGUAAAUUGCAAUUGUUUUUAUAGCAAUCUUGUAAAUCACAACGGUUUUGAAUGGUAAUUUGGGUUUUAAAUCAGUUUUGCUGUAAUAUAUUCUGAACUUGGUGUAUUUGAAGAGUUUUAUCGCAUUUUUUGUUGUUGAACUGCCACCAUUUUAAGUACCAUGGUCAUAUACAAGGAGGUGCACCCCUUUAAGUUGCACCCUGCAUGCAGAUUUAUUUUCUAAAUUCUGGAUUGUUAAUCUCUUGUGGAUGGGUAUCAAGGUUUACCAAGACUCAAAGGUCAAUUGUAAUAUGUAUAUUUUGCAAGUUAUCUGAUAAAAUCGCACUUAUGCCAAUGCUCUAUUAUCAUGUAUUAAAGUGUGAAGUACAAGUACUUCAAAGAGAGUAUGAUCAUUUUGCACAUAUAGUUUUACUCUAAAUAAUUAUACAGUGGAUGGACGACUCAUGAACACACAAUGUUUAUACUCAUAUCUUUAUUUCAGGAACAGUUUGCAUUUACUUGUAUAUUCUACUAGUCUACUCAGGAGAGAGGUGAUUUUUUUUCUUCAAAACAAUGGUCAAAAAUAUGAUUUUGUGAAAUCAUUUUUGCUCAUGUAUAUUCUCAAGUGUGUAUAUAUUAUUGUUGAAAACAUGAAAUAGACCAUAUCUAAGGCUGAUUUUUGUCAUACUGUACAUGUUCUAUCUUCUGGCUGCUCUAUUACACCAAAUAUUCUUCAAUUUAUUUUGAAAAGGAAUAGUUGAAUGAUUUUAAUUCUACUUUUAGAUAGAUUGAAUAUUGAAUUAGCAUCACAUUUCCUUUGCCUUGUGUAAUUAUGAAAAUAUAGAAACUAGUCUGAAAUUGUAUUUUUCUUGCUGUACAUUACUUUUAAAGUGCUGUUUAUAAUUCGAUAGAUGCCUUAGGCAUGUCAUUUUUAAAAACUAUGUACCGGGUAGAUGUGUUUUAUUGGUCUAGAUCAGAAUAUAUUUAUGUCUUGAAUUGCUGCUUUUUGCAGCAUGUACCAUUAAAAUGAUCCAUGCUUUCUAAUUUAGCAUGUAAAUUUUGAAAACAUGUACGCUUUAUUACCUGUCUUCUAUAAACUGUCAAAACGUUUCCCAUUCUACAUCUACAUUUUUACCCACUCUGAUCUUACGCUUCAUCUUUUAGGAUUAUCUGCUUUAAAAAAAAUAAUGUAUUACAUUAACAAAAAGUAAGAAACCAGUCGUACGGUACCAUUCAAAUCAAAUUUGUAUAUAUGUUGUUAUCAUAUUAUUAAAUUAUGAAAUAAAAAUUA